UUCAGCCUGGUGCCGGCCCUGGAUCACUUGGACAUUGAUGUCCUGCCUGAAUCUGACAAGCAUAAAGCUGGCAUGUCAAUUAACCUGUCCGUUUUGUGGGCACCAAAUGUGCAAUUUGCCCCCCUCUCAGACAUUGUUAUAGUGGACCUUCCACCGUGGCUAAACAUCACAAACGCAUGUGAUUCUUUGAUUUCCUCAGUAUCCACCUUCGGUCAAUGCAGACUUACUGGUGCACAGUUGCAGUUUCAUUUGGGUGAAGCACUGUCGACAGGCCAGGUAAUGGACUUUCAAUUUGGAGCAUCGAAUCCGAGUGCUGAAGUGGUGAAAUCCCUUCCAAGAGGAGAGCUCUCUUUGAUCAAGGUUUCUCACGUCAGGACUGUGGUGUCUGCUGGAGAGACACUUCUUCAGUCCUUGGCCACAUCUGCCGUCACAUCACAUGCAGUGCAGUUGGCGCUGCCAGUGCUUCAGGUCAGGCAGACACAUCCUUUCCUGGCCAUGGCAGGUCAUUUCCCAACAAACUUGGAAGUGAAGUUCCGUUUGGCAUCUGCUGGGGCAGACCAGGUUUGGCUUGACACGCAGUCUUCCGGAAAGCCUAUGGACUUUACAGAGGUGCAAUGCCAUAUGGCAGCGGAUGAAGGGCGGACUUCUGUUCUUCUUUUCGGACGAGUUUCAUGCCAUCCGGGGGGGCACAUAGACAUGGAGGUUGACGCUGUGCUGAUCAGAUUAAGCUCGCGCCUGAGGGUGGACUUUUCGUAUUUUGAUCCAACACGGCUAUAUACUCUCAAAGCUCGAAAUAUUCGACUAGGCUUUGCUCCAGGCCCCGCUGACUUGACAGUUGCCAGUAGCACGGCUGCCCGUAGCAUAAACUCCAGUGAUUUCAGUCAGGCAGUUUUGCUUGAUCGAAGCUCCUCAGAAGAUCGAGGUGGUUUUCAGGUUGCUGGACAGCUACGGUUGCAAGCUUUGGGGUCUGGCUCUUUUGCUUCAUUGUCAGCAGACGCCAUGUUCGGGACAGCUUCAUUCAUUGUGGCUGAUCGGUGGCACUUUCUCACCAUAGCCUUCGUGCUUCAGGUUCCAGUGCUUGCAAAUGAGCUCCUUGUUGUAUACCCGGCCACUGGAGUGGACCUGGGAGAUGAAGUUGAAGUCGCCUUGGGUUUGGCAGCGCUUGGCUCUAAUUUUUCAACAAGCCUUUGGGAUUUGUCGGACCAUGUGGAUGACAUUUUCAGCGUUCACAACCAGCUGAACUUGCAGCGACCUUCAUACAGCCAGCGCCUUGACCUCGUGUUUUCAUCACCGCCUACAGCUCUUCCAGCCAAUCAAGUGGCCUCUGUCCAACUCUAUGCCCGAGCUCGGUUUGUCCCUUCAAGUAGUCAGAGUGGAUGGCUCUUGCUAACAAGCCGCCGUAAGGCUUGGGCCCAGGUGGGAGUUACGAACACAAACAUCGAGCUGUGGCCAGAAGGGCAGCUGCAAGUUGUUCCGUCCUUUGAUCCUCGGACAACUAUGGUUUCAUUUUCCAGCACUGCAAGCUCUGCACUCAUCCUUGUCACUCUGUUAUUUGUUCCAUCAAUUCAGAUACAGAGUGGAUCGUGGCUGCGAGUUACAGCCCCAGACAUGUUCGUGUGGUAUGGCCCUUGCCUUGAGGGGAGCACUCCACCAGGUCUUGUGAAAACCGAUCAGUGCAAGCGGGGCCUUGCUCCACAUAUUCUACUUUUGCUGCUAAUUUUGGAUCUUGAGCCAGGCACAGCUGCAGAACUUUGGAUGCAGGUUCUGACACCUCCACAGUUGUCGUGGCCCAACCUUUGGGAAGUUGCAGCCCUUCAGAUGGAAGAAAGCGAGGAAGGCACAACCAGCACUGCCUCCACAACAAAGCCGGGCUUCUUUCCGCCUAUGGACGCAAAAGUGGGAGAGAGAGACUUGCAAGGGUCACAAAGCAGCGUUCUGCCACUGCAGCUUACCAGGCUUGAUGGAUUUCAAUUGGAUGGAUUGGAAGCUGCCCUUGGGCCAAUGAAGCCUCUCAUUGCAUCCGAUGAGGCUGGUGUCAACCCGCUUCUUCUGUCCUUUCGACUCCGGGCUGCUCCGCAACUGCUGUUUGAAGAGCUGCAAUUAGCUGCAACACCACUGCGGGUGAAGCUGACCGCUCCUUACCCGGUAGUUGUCAUGUGCCCUAGCCCACACAUGGUUGGCGUGGAAGGGGAAAGCCGAAAUGGAACAAUGCUCUAUGAGAGCAAUGUGUCAAGCAGAGGAUGGCGGCUACUGUCCACACAACAAAGGCUUGCCCGCCUUGUGCGAUGCACACCGCUGGGUUGGCGUGGAGAGCCUGAAGCUGGAGAAGAAGCUACUGCUUCGGCCACUUCACAGAGUCCAGGACUUGCUUCAACUGAAUCUAGCUUUGUGGUGAUGGAGAUAGGUUCCCCAAUGCAAAUUGGUGAUGAUGAAUGGGUGGCUCUGCCAGUGCAGGCCCAUGCUCGGGAUCAGCUCCUUGCAGAAAAAGCCAGCCGGUCCUGGGCACUGGAGCUUUUGGGAGAUUAUAUUUUGGCCAGAACGGAAUUGGUUGGUGGUACUCCGAAUAGGCUUAUGGCUUUCCAAGCUCCGCUUUCACCUUUGCCACUUUCCUUGUCCCUUGGCAGGUGCAGUGGGCCAUUCUGUGCCGCACUUGCAGCUGACAGCACACAAGAAGCCUUCCCAGCAGCAGCGCUAUUAGUUGGUCGAGGGCGAGGUGUCAGAAUUGAUUUUGCCAUAUCACUGUCCAAAGCACUGAAGCCAACAGCCGCUGGACUUGCAGGAAGCCGCUGGACAAGGGCCUUCAAUGGUAGGAGUGAAUUUAAUGCGGACAUUGUUCUAGGCAGCUUCAUUCAACUCACAGCUCCACAGCCUUUGAAGUGGCUGAAUGAUUGCAGUAUUGCCAACACCUCUGGCUUUUCGCCAGGGAUUUGGCGUUGUGUUUGUGACGGAAAUAGUGCGUACCUGCACAUCAUGGGAUACUCCCAAGCUCCCUCCAUUCCUUUGCGAGAAGUCCUGACCAUUCAAGGCGUGUCCCUAGCUAGUGUGGAUGCUGAGAAUGCUGUGGCAACGUUGCCACUCUCCACACUUUGGGUAGCAGCUUGGUAUGAGGAUGGCGCUCUUCUACACCAGUUACUGGUGGAGAGCCACUGGACCGAGGACGUCCUGGACAUGAGCCUCCGGGAAGAAUUGUCUGAAGAAUCCAAUGGCACCGAUCAGUCGAGUCAAUCAAGUGCUCAUGAACAGGUUGCAACAGUUGAAUUGGAGCAGGACUCGCAGGAUUUAGAGGAAUGCCUUCAGAUUGAGCGAUCAUAUUACCCCUGUCCGCGAGGCAUGUAUGCCUAUGGCAUACGGGCUGUUAGCUUGGGGGCCUCAGAUUCGCUCAACAGCGUACAGCUUCUUUGCCGUGAGGAGCUGGACAUUGGCACCAACCACACUCAAUGGCAGCCGCGUUCGGGAGCAACUGGAGUGAUCGGCAAUAGACAGCUUUUGACUUUAGAUGCUGCGCAUGCCACCCUUGACUCCACAACGACAAAGAUUGCUUGUGAUGAAGGCGCCUCCGGACUGCUUGUUGGCCUGACGUUCCAUGGGCAAGGGCUGACAGCCGCGUGCAUGCCUUGGGCCCUAGUGGAGCGUGAGAUGUCCUGGCUGGAGAGUGGUGAAGAAUCAAGCAGUUUAGGGGCAGAGAGCCCCGCAGGAAACUGCACGGGCUUAGUGCCCAUCAAUGGUUCAGAAAAUUGGGCAGACUGCCAGGGGAUCCAGCACUUGAGACCAUGUCCAAAUCCAGACAAAUGUUGUUGCAACAAAAACUUCCAGUACAGCGAGCUGUCCCAGACUUGCGACGCCUGCCAGCAACAGGAUUCAGCAGAUGUAAAAGAACAAAUGCGCCUUUGCCCUCUGGGCAUGGCAGUGGUCGGCCUUGAUGCGUGGGAGUCACAAAUAGAACAUGAAGAUCUGCCUUCACCGCUUCUCAUUUCCACAAUUUGUUCGCUGCGUUUGCAUUGUGGCCCGCUAAAUUUGAGGCACUGGUCUGGCAUGGACAAAGGACCCAAAGUUUCUGCUUUUUGGGAGCCAUUGGUUGAAGAUGCUGGCCUUGAAUUGCCAGGCCUUGCGAAUCUUGGCAGUUUUGAAUGGUGGCAUUAUGCAGCUGCAGCGGGUGCAGCACUUCUUCUUUUGUGCUGCUGUUACCGUUGCUGCUGCCGCACUUCGCAGGCGAAUGUUUUUGGUGACGUUCAGCCUAAGAGCAAAGUGAGCCAGAGACGAGUCCUUGGACUCGUGAUAUUGCCAUUCUCCCUUGCAUGGGGUUUUGCGAUUAAGCCCGUGGCCGCUGCAAUAUUUACUUUUAUCCUCGAACCUUUCUGGCGACGAGCCUUGCAACCGGUCUUGGCGUGGCUACUGGCCAGCAGAUUGGCACGUAUCAUUGGUGGUAUUCUAAGACGAUUGUGGAAACUCUUGACCUAUUGUUGCCCGUGUCUUCGGAGAUUUGAGAGGUUCUCCGCAAAGCAACUCUGGCAAACAAUUCGGAACCCUGUCGCUGCAAGUAAGAAUGCGCGAGCUAAAGUGGCACGUCGUUUGGAACUUCGCAGGCAAGUCAUGGCCGGAACUUUUUCGGCAGAGAAGUCGAAAGAUGACUUGGUAAACCAACUGAAGCGGGGAGAGAUCGACGAGGAUGAGCUCGCAAUCCGUCAACGGGAGAUUGACGACUUGGUGAAGACAGUGCAGCUCAUGUCAGACAAGAAGUCCAUGGUGGAUAGGAUGAAGAAAUCAAAAGAGUCGCUGAAGUCUCUGGGAAAAGCCUCAAAAGAGCCAUCCCACAACCCUGAUGAGGAAGGUUCGCAGCCAAAAGGUGUUGCCUUCUGUUGCUGCAGACGAUUGCCAACUAAGAGCAUUGAUGAAGAAGAUUUUGAUAUCCCUCAGGCUCAUGUAGAAGUUGAAACCGAAGCGCAGCCUGAUGAAAAGCUGCCUCAAGAAGGUAAGGACAAUGAUGAGGGGGGAACUUUUGGCGAGGAGGAAUGGGAAGAAGAAGGUGUGGACGAUGAUGAAAUUGUGGACCCAUCCAGUUCGAGUGACUCAUCCACAUCCAGUGACCAUCAAGCUCCUGGUCCAGUCUCUGCUCGUCCAAGGGAGCCAAAUACAUCAAGGCUAUGAUGCUAAAGCCAAAGUUGCUAAAGCCACAGCCUAGCAGAGGUCAUAAUGCUGAACCAAGCAGUUGCAGUUCCAUCAGCUUGCCCAGCUCACAGCUGUUCAUCAUGAAGAUCGCAGGGCACACUGCCACCAGACCAAGCCCGGAUGUCCCCAAACUACUUAGACUCCACUGUGCCUCUGAACUGGUAGACUCGGACAUCACCAAGGACGACUAUUCCCACAAUCGCCCAUUCUGUCAAUCCACACGUCGAGGCUGCCCCUAUCCCUGGAAGCUGCUUUUGGUAGGCGCAGCUCGACAACCUCCUCCACGGUGCGCGGAGCCCAUCAACUUGAAAUUUUGAGGCAAAAAGGGCGUCACAUAGCCUGAAUCUACCGCUUACUGGCAGGUGGUGUUGGCAGAGAGCUUCUCCUUAGGUGCCGCGUGCUUCCAACCCUAUCAUAAAGUGAAGGACGAAUAACGUGGCAGUGGGACAACCUCGGACAGUGCGCUGCUUAAUAUUUUUGAUCUAUGGUGGUCUGAGAAGUCAUUCCCCGCUGAACUUGUCAGAUGUACUUGCUAGUGUCACCAUUUCGAAGACCUUGGCUUUUAAUAGCUU